AUGACGAACGUCCCGCUUGGUCCUGGAGGCUGGCACUACGACUUGGGCCACCGCAUUUGCAUCACGGGGCUGGGGGCGAAGGCGACCAAGACCCGCCUCCAGGCGGCUUUUGGGGAUUACGGCCACAUCAUCAAGAUCGAGACGCCCCUCAACGGGACGGCAGUGUACAUCUCCUAUAAGGACAAGCGUGAUGCUGAGGAUGCAGUGAAGUAUAUGGAUGGGGAGAAGCUCGACGGAACGAAGAUCACGGUGUCACGGGCUGACAACCGGCCACCAAUCAGGGGAAAGAAGGAUGAGGCUGCGGCCCCAAAGAAGGAUGAAAAGCGAGAGGAGGAAAAGGAAAGAAAGCGGCCAGACACAAAGCCCGCGCCUCGAGAACGAAGCAGAGGCCGGGACCGAGACCGCGACCGAGACCGCGACCGUGGAAGGCGGAGCCGCCGGGUGAAGUCCAAGAGCAGUAGCCGCAGCCGCAGCCGGAGCCGACGCAGGUGA